AUGGCAACUCAAAAUUGGUUACUGAAUGUUGGUACAUCUGUUAAUUCACGUCAAUGGUUGGCCAGUUUGUUUCUUUUCCCAUCCGUAGCCGAUUGGUGUCGUGCUAGCCAAAUGGGUAAGGAGCGUGUACAUAUAAUAUUAACCGGCGACAUCGAAAUUUCAGGCAAGCCCCGUGGUAUACGCACGGCGCGAAAGCACGUGAAUCACCGCCGUGAACAAAGAUGGGCGGACAAGGACUACAAAAAAGCCCACAUGGGUACGAGAUGGAAGGCUAACCCCUUCGGUGGUGCAUCUCACGCCAAAGGAAUCGUCUUGGAAAAAGUAGGUGUUGAAGCUAAACAGCCCAACUCUGCUAUCAGAAAAUGUGUGAGAGUCCAGCUCAUCAAGAAUGGCAAGAAGGUAACAGCAUUCGUGCCCCGUGAUGGUUGUUUGAACCACAUUGAAGAAAAUGACGAAGUACUAGUAGCAGGAUUCGGUCGUAAAGGUCAUGCUGUUGGUGACAUUCCUGGAGUCAGAUUUAAGGUGGUGAAGGUAGCCAAUGUAUCCCUCCUAGCCUUGUACAAAGAAAAGAAGGAAAGACCACGAUCAUAAACACCCUUCACUGUGAUAAUGUGUCCCGCUACUGCAGUGGUGUUGUUGAUAAGUGUAAUUUCAAAAAUGUAAAAUCUAGUGCAUAAUAAACUUUAUGUACGCCAAAUUUUUUUUUUUUUUUAACCUUUCUAAGUUUUAUG